AUGACAACUUUGUUGCAGCUUUUGUCAAACUAUUAUAAAGCUAAACUAGAAUCGGAACGAAUAUAUAAUGAGUAUGUUCAAUCGCAGUACGAGUUUGCCUCUUCGGACAACUUGAACAAUAACAAAGAUAACCAGUUUUCGAAGAAGGUUGUUGAUGAAACUUUAUUCUUACAGCGACAGAUUGCUCAAUUAAAUAAGCAGUUACAGCUUUCAUUUCAACAGAAUGAGAAAUUACUAAAUGUACAGAAGAAUCAAAAGGCACUAUACCAAAGUAAAUUAUCCAACAAAGACACACUUAUCGAUGACCUAAAACUCAAGCUAAAAGUUGAGAAGAUACCCAUAAAUAGAGAAAGGACACCCUCUAUCACUUCUGAUGAGCAACGAGACAAUUUAAAAUCGCCGCAUAAACCCACGAUUCAUCUUCUUUCGCCAAUUGUUAACCGUGAUAAAAUCAAAAAUCAAACUAAAGACCAAAACAACAACGAACCUGACUCACCUAUAUCAAAGAGAAAAUCAAAAGGGUUGAGAUCUUUAUUGAGUUCGGGGAAAAAUACAAUCUUUGAUUCAAUAUCCAAGAAUCUCGACGAUGAGAUUAAUGAAAAUGGACCUAUGAGACAGGAUAAUGAAUCUUCUAAGACGGCAGAUAAAUCAGUAUCAAUAUCACCAUUGCUUUCAAAACCCGCAGAAUCGCAUAAGGAAAAGAAAAAUAGUAUACUGAAAGGAUACAUAUUUCCUUCGAAGGAUGACCAUUUGGCGGACCAUGAUAUACUGCCACCUAGAAAACUAGAUAAUAUUGAGCUGUCGAGUAUCGGUGAUUCGACCACGAUGACAUCUAGGAGCUCAACUGCCAAUACAAACGACACAUUGAGGAACGAAGAAAAUCGUCAUGGAAUUGACAAUCUAAAAAGAAUCAACACCUUGGUCAGUUCCCCAGUCAAGGGCGUAUCCGAUACAAAAAAGAAAAGAAAACUAACGAGGCAACGGAUCACCACAUUGCCCAAUUCAGAUGAGGAACUGAAUAACGAUUUAAAUAUAGAUGAGUUUGUGUAA